AUGGACACUAACGAUAUAAAUCAAAUUUUAAAUUCAUCAUUUGAAUAUUCUUCAUACGAUGACACGGAUGACAAUCCAAACUGGGGAGAUGUUGAAGUUAUGUCUACGAAUGAUGAAUUAUCAGAAAUACAUGCCCUGAUGGAUGGUGAUCUAAAUUUUGGGCGCCCAAGAAUUCAAACAAAUACUAAUUUUACUUAUCGUCAGUGGAGGGUAGAUGAAAAUGUUAUGGACCACUAUAUUUUUGAUCAUAAUAAUUCAAACACCGGCAUAAAUACUGAUUUUUUUGAUACACUUCUGGGUGGAACUGAAAUUCAAUUUUAA